UUUUUUUUUUUCUUCCUUAACCUCUUAGGAACUUCACAGUGCUCUCAACUUUAUCUCGGACGUGUUAAAUGAAAACAUGUUAUUGUGAAACAAAAUUACAUAUCAUGCUGCUUUAAAUGCCAUGUGCGUGAGGUUUUGAUUGCGUAUUAGAAUUUAACUCACACUGCGAAAUUGGUAAUGCAGCAUUCUUUUCAUUCAUAACAACUUUAGGAGAAUGAGGCACAUUAAAAUCAAAUGAUUUCACGGAAUUCCCACAAAGCUUGAAGUGGGUGUUGUCUGGUUUCCCACUGUUGCUAAAUGUUUCCACUUGUGUGAGAAAAACCCUUUCAGGAUUUACUGUGCGGCUGAUGUUGCCCAGUUGUGUUUCUGUUUUCUCUGUUACACCCUGUGCCUUUUGUACCUCGAAUGCUUUGGGUAUGCAAUGCAGGAAUCUCAAGUUCUUUUUGUUUAGGAAGACGUAAACAGUCCUGUGCACAGCAGCCUGACCAUAGGACACAAUGAGAGGGAUUUAUGUCGUCUUGCUGUGUUUCUUUUUUUUCUGCUGUGCCUCAACUAAGAAGAUGCGCUGGUGCACAGUGUCCCAUCCUGAACAGAGGAAGUGUGCGGAGUUGGCUAAAGCCUUGGUGGUUGUGCUGCCUCCAGCCUCUGUCAACGCUUUUGGCAGACUUUCUUGCAUCCAUGCAUCCAGCGUGACCGACUGCAUCAACAGAGUUACGGCCAACCGUGCAGACUUAGUGACUCUGGACGCAGGAGAUGUUUACUCCGCGCUAAAGGAAUUUGACCUCACAGCUGUCGCCAAAGAGAUAUACAGCGAUGGUAAUUUUAUGCUACUUUUUGGGACAUUUCCUCAUCGUGCAACCAUUUGGUCCGGUUUUGAUGUCUUGUGGCUCGCAGGAAGCUGUGUUUUGUCUGUGGCAGUGGUGAGAAACAGCAGCUUGGCCAUGAGGUCCCUGAGCGGUCUCAGGAGCUGUCACAGUGGGUUCCGAUGGACGGCCGGGUGGAGUCUUCCACUUGGGUUCCUGCUGUCCCGCAACUACCUGAGCUGGUCAAAGGAAAGGCCACUAACACAGGAGGUAAGCAGUUUUUUCAAUGCCAGCUGUGUUCCCGGAUCUGCGGCCAUGGCGCCACAUCUGUGCGCUUUGUGCCAAGGCCAAAAGUCCUACAUACGCCAAAAGAACGAUCACUGUGAGAUGUCUCACAGCGAACCCUUCUACAACAGCCACGGUGCCCUCAGAUGUCUCAGCAGCGGUGCAGGGGAUGUUGCAUUUGUGGACCAUUUAGCACUUGAAACUAUUGAAAACAGUGAGAGGGACAAUUUGAGAUUACUGUGCACAGAUGGCACACAAGCUCCACUCAGCCACUACAACGCAUGCCAUCUGGGCCGCGGUCCAGGAGCGGCCGUGGUCACCCGAAUGAGCGUUCGCAAGGUGGCCCGCAAAUUUCUGCAUACACUGCAGAUGCUGUUUGGUCAUAAAGGACGAGAGAGGCAUCGCUUCCAACUCUUCAACUCAUCCCCUUUUGGGGAAAGGGAUCUUCUUUUCAAAGACGCCACAGCCGAACUUGCUGCUCUGCCAGAUGGCGCGGACGUCAAUCAGGUGUUAGGACUGGGUUAUAUUGCGCUGCUCAAAAGUCUUGGACAUGAAGGAAGCACACUGGAGGACAGUGUUGUGCGGUGGUGUUGCAUCAGCCACAAAGAGCAGAUCAAAUGUGAGCAAUGGGCUCUGAGUAUACAGUCAGACCCGCUGGUGUGUGUUAGAGCGGCCUCCAUGCGCCACUGUGUGGAGAAAAUUAAGAGGGAUGAAGUGGAUGCUGUCUCUCUCGAUGCAACCCAUGUCUUCAUUGCAGGAAAAUGUGGCCUCGUCCCAGUAGUAACUGAAUAUUAUGCUGAAGAAUGUGUGGCACCUGAGGUAUCGACCGAGGGAAACGUACACGUGUUGCCCUCAAUUGUGGGGGUGGCAGUAUCAAAGCGGUCCAGCAGGAGCAUCGCCAUGGGCAACCUUGCAGGUCGUCGUUCCUGUCACGGUCACAUGUACAGCCCCGCAGGGUGGCUGUUGCCGCACGCGCACACACUCAGCCGGGAGCUCAACAGCAGCAGCGCAACUUGUGAUCCAAACCAAGUGUACAGCGAUGUGUUUUGGAAAGGAUGUCUUCCUGGCUCGGAGGGGAAUCUGUGUAAAGUGUGUCUGGGAGGCACAGGGGAGGCUACCACCAAACGCUGCACUGAUAACCACAAUGAGCGUUACUAUGGUAACAUGGGAGCUUUGAGGUGUCUGGUCGGGGAUCCCGGUGGCAAAAAUUACGGUGACAUCGCCUUCCUUGAGCAGCACAACCUGAAAGACAAUAUUCUCAGUUUGGCUUCCUCAGGUUGGGCAGAAGGGUGGGCGUCAUCAGACUUCGAGCUGCUGUGCGGUGACGGCCGUCGGGCCCCAUUGUCUGAGUGGGAGGGCUGUAAUCUUGGAGUCAUUCCGCCUAACACAGUCAUGACUCGGCCGGUGCUCACGGGGAGAGUUCACGACUUCCUCAUGAAGUCUCAAGAAAUGCUGGGGGGCAAUGCAAGCUCUCAGUUUAAGCUCUUUGAGUCUCAGCACUAUGGCGAAAGUGAUCUGCUGUUCAAAGAUGCGACACGGUGUUUUGUCCGCACCAGCCACAUGGAUUGCCGCGCCAUCCUGGGUGAGGAGUUUUACAACCGCGUGGAAGCUGCUUUCAACUGCACCCAAUCUGACAUCUUGCAGUUCUGCAGUCAGGACAUGUGCAGUCCAGUCUAAUGGACACUGAGAAUCAAUCAAAUAUAUAUUUUUAUCAGUCUAUUUCUUUUGUGAAGUACUUCAGUGAAAGCCUAAAUCAGAAGGUACAACAAAUGAUAGGUGAUGUUUCAAUCUAGGCCCUGGAUGUACUGAACCCUGCCUCUCGGCUAAAGUCAGCUGGGAUAGGAUCCAGCACACUGGCUAACACCAAUAAAGAUAAGUGCUAUAUAAAUGGAUCAGGUUAAUUUCCAUACAACAUAUGUUCUUCUAUUUGAGACAAGUUGUACUAUUUUUACAAUCUGGAUGAGGGCAAAAUUUGAGACAAUUUGUACUAUUUUUACAAUCUGGAUGAGGGAUUUUGCCUAUAUGAUGACCGUAAGUGAAAUAUUGACAACCCAUAUAACAAUAAAUGUAUGCUGCACAUGCCAGUUACAGUAACUUACAUAUUUAGGAACGUGACGAUGAACCGGUUCUGCCUUGACUCGCGAACCAUUUUUUGUGUGAUCACAUCGCGCCAAAUCUGUUUGAAUUCCUCUCAGAAAAAUGCACUGUGGCUGGUUAAAAAUGGGUUUUCCUCGUCUGUUUUUCGAUCUAUUCCUUAGAGUUGAUGAUUUGCCUGCAAUACUUUGAUAUUUCUAGUGGGCACGCUGGUUAACUCAUUUUUGACACCCCAAAAAGUGUUGAAAGGUAGCUUGCUUUUUUUUUUUUUUUUUUUUUUUAAUAUCAUGUAAUUUCGAUGUAUUUGAGCUGAUGUAAAUAAAGUUACGACCAAUUUGUAUCAUGCCGAAAAGAAUGAUUCAUUGCCAACAUUUUGAUCAUUCUUAAUUUUCCAAGCUGGCGUCUGUAUUUUGCACAUUUCAGUUGUUACUCUCCAGUUCUUAAAAACUCAUAAUAUUGUUUUUAGUUUGAAACAGGGGGUCGCUUUCUG